AUGAAAGAACUAGCUCGUCGUUUAGAGAAAGAAUCCCAAAAAUCUUACGAUGAGCUCAACAAGAAAUACCAGGCCGCCAAGCGGGAGGCUCAAGAGAACGCUGACUCGGCUCGUCGUUCAGAGGAAGAGCUCCAAACAUGUUACCACAACCUCAAUAAAUUAAGAGACGACCUAUGGGAGGCUCAAGAUCUAGAGAUGAAGCGAGCGGAGGCCCAGACAAAGCUAGGGGAGGCUCAACAAAAGGAUCUUGAGAAACAACUCGACAAGAAAUAUCAAGACGCCAAGCAGGAGGCUCAAGAUCCAGAGACGAAGUGGGUGGACGCUCAGGCGAAGCUAGGCUAUAUUCAGGAAAAAGCAGAAUUUCUUGAAAACAAACUCGAAGAGGUUAUAAAAACCAAUCAAGAUCUCGAGAAACAGCGCAAUCAGGCCCAACAGGAUAAUACACAGCUUCGACUACAGGUGGAUGCAGCUAAUAUAAAGCUCCGUCAUGAUUCGCCUCAGGAUAUUAGAGAGUCAACCGCUGUAACCAUAAGAAACGAUAUAAAGUUAGGAGGCCACUAG